AUGCUGGACAUCCGUUCGGUCUUCAAGGAGGACCUCUCCUGCACCGCAGCCGAGCUUGUUUACGGGACAACACUGCGUCUUCCUGGAGUUUUGGAGCGAUACCGACGGCGUACGUUCCAUUCCCCAGGCGAGUACGUCCAGCAGCUCCGGCGUUUCUUUCGUGGCCUGGCGCCGGUUCUCUCCAGGUCGCCGCCCCCCUCUAAAGUUUUCUUCCACCCCGACUUCACCACGAGCACGCACGUGUUCCUGCGCUAUGAUGCUGUGCGGAAACCGCUCUCGCCACACUACAAUGGUCCCUACCGUGUUCUCUCCCGCAACCGCAAGAUUUUCACAAUCGACAUCGCGGGCCAGCGCCAUGUCGUCUCGCUGGACCGCCUCAAGCCGGCCUACCUUGAAGCCGUCGCCCCCGCUCCCCCACUCGCUCUUGGCGAUGACUCUUCCCCCGCCUUGCCUCCUCCGAAGCCUCGAUGCAAAGUUACUUGGGCAACUCCACUUCGUGUCCACAGCUCCACGUCGCCUCCUCUCUGA